CUCAGCUCAAGUGUGUGAGAAUGGGUAAAUACGCUUUAUUAGUCUCUGGUCCUGCAGGUGCAGGUAAAUCUACGUUAUGUUCAACUUUAAUACAGCACGCUAGCGCGAAGAAUAGGAAUAUACAUUUAUUCAAUUUAGAUCCUGCUGCUGAGAACUUUGAUAUUGAACCUGAAAUUGACGUUAGAGACCUCAUAAGUUUGGAGGAUGUCAUGGAUGAACUCAAUUUGGGUCCAAAUGGUGGAUUAAUCUAUUGCUUUGAAUAUCUAAUGAAUAACUUAGAUUGGUUGGAAGAGCAAUUAGGUGAAUACGAGGAUGAUUACCUCAUCAUCGAUUGUCCAGGCCAAAUUGAGCUAUACACUCACUUUCCAUUGAUGCAAAUUUUGAUAGAAAAUUUAACGAAAUUGAAUAUAAAGGUUGCUGCUGCUUAUUUAUUAGAGUCGCAAUUUAUGGAUGAUAUAUCAAAAUACUUCGCUGGUGUCUUAUCUGCUACAUCUGCAAUGAUUAACUUGGAAGUUCCUCACAUAAAUGUUAUGACAAAAAUGGACCUCAUUGGUGACGAUAAUGUAGUCACUAGAGGUAGAAAGAAGAAAGACCUUGAAAGGUUCUUAGAACCUGAUCCAGACCUCAUUGAUCAGAUAAAUACAACAACAAAUGAAAAAUUUCAUAGAUUAAACAAAUCAAUAGUAGACUUAAUAGCUGAUCAUAAUCUAAUUCAAUUUAUACCUUUAGAUAUUACAAAUGAGGAUACGGUAGAAAAUUUAUUGUCACAUAUAGAUAAUUCAAUACAAUAUGGUGAAGAUGAGGAGCCAAAUGAGCCAGCGGACCUUGAUGAUGGAGAUUUCGAUGAGGAGUUUUAAUUUCCGCCACCAGAAACACCUCUAAACCUCUUUUUUGCAUCCAACUGUUUUCAUUAACAUAAAUUAUUCAUUGUUUUACUAUAAUACUCAACUAGAUCGUGUUUGCAUUCCAUAUAUGCCAGUCUGAGCUGUUGACACUCCUCUGGUACUUGACCUUCUCUUAAACACUCUUGUGCAGUCUUUCCUGAAGCUAAGCAUUCAGAUUUACUCAGACAAUCGGCUAAC